AUGGUGUCCUCGGCAUUAAGUUGGUUCUUCUGGUUGUUGUCAUCGACACCAGAGAUGGAAGAGAAGAUACUGAAGGAAGUAGAGGAGGUUAAAGCUAAGCAAGGGUAUGAGAAGCUGAGAGAGAUGCAGUAUCUGCAUGUGGUACUGACCGAGUCGAUGAGGCUGUAUCCUCCGGUGGCAAUGAACACAGUUGAGUGCAUAGAGGAUGAUAUGUUUCUAGAUGGAAACUUUGUUGGGAAGGGAUGGUUUGUGUCCUACAAUACAUAUGCUAUGGGGAGGUUGAAAGAGUUGUGGGGGGAGGAUUGUGAUGUUUUCCGGCAGGAGAGGUGGUUAGAGGAUCGGGUUUUUCGGCCGAAGAGUCGGUAUAAGUAUGCAAUUUUUCAUGCAGGGCCAAGGACGUGUCUGGUUAAGGAGGUGGCUUAUAUACAUAUGAAGAGUUCCAGAGCAUGA